UCUACUCUUUUUCUGUUGCUAUAUACCCUUGCUUCUUCCUCCUUGGAUCCAGCUUUCACCCAACUCUCCUUCGACUUAGACUAAUACGACAACAACCUCUACACCACCCAUCUUGGAACACUGUAAACAAUGUCCAGCAAACCCGCCAUCGGUUUCGCCGGCCUAGGAGCCAUGGGCUUCGGCAUGGCCACCCAUCUUGUAAAGCAAGGCUAUCCCGUCACCGGCUUCGAUGUCUGGGACCCAACGCUCGAGAAGUUUGCUUCUGCAGGAGGUACCCCGUCCUCCACGCUCUCCGACUCCGCGAGAGAUAAAAGCUACUACAUUGUCAUGGUCGCGACGGCGCAGCAAGCACAAUCCGCGCUCUUCGACGCCCAAGAGGGAGGGAACAUCGUAGAUAGCUUGCCCCAAGGGGCGACGCUGAUUCUGUGCUCCACGGUGCCGAGUGCGUAUGCACAGAGCGUGGAGAAGCAGUUACAAGAGCGGGGCAGGAGUGAUAUCCUGUUCAUCGACGCCCCGGUCUCCGGAGGCGCAAUUCGUGCUGCGGAUGGGACUUUGUCGAUCAUGGCGGGUGCGUCUCAAGCUGCUAUUGAGAAAGGGAAGUGGUUGCUGGAAGAGCUAUCUGCACCAUCGAAGCUGUUUAUCGUCGAGGGCGGUGUCGGUGCCGGGAGUAAUAUGAAGAUGGUGCAUCAGGUGCUUGCUGCGAUCCAGAUUCUGUCGACGAGCGAGGCGUACGGAUUUGCGGCGCGGUUGGGCCUCAACGGCAAGGAGGUGCGGGAUAAGAUUGUGGGAAGCCCGGCAUGGAGCUGGAUGUUCGAAAAUCGGAGUUUGAGAACGUUGACGGAGGAUUAUUUCCCUGGAGCCAGCGCCGUGGGCAUCAUCAUGAAAGAUACGGGCAUCAUCACCUCCACCGCCCGUCUCCACUCGUUCCCCUCCACCCUCGUCACCGCCGCAGAACAAGUGUAUUUCUCUGCUGCUGACCGCGGCUGGACACCUCACGAUGACGCUUCGCUCGUGCGCCUCUGGACCGCGGACCCCGUCACCUCUAUCCAGAGCCCCGCUUCACAAGAGGAGAAGUCGUCGAAACUCGACCUCGUCGUUUCCCUCCUUACAGCCAUCCACCUCGUUGCCGCGGCCGAGAGUAUCGCAUUCGCCAAACACGUGGGACUGCCUUUGAAGCAGCUGUACGAAUUGGCGGUUGAGGCGGCGGGUGGAAGUGCGAUGUUCAAGGAAUUUGGGCCGAGGAUUAUUGAGGUGUUGGAGGGGGGAAAAGGGGGUGAGGAGGCGUUGGGCCGCUAUUUGGAAGGAUUGAGGAGGGCGGUUGAGGAGGCGCAGAAGAUCAAGUGUCCGCUGUUUUUGGGAGGGGCGGCGUUGAAUGUGUUGUUGGCUGCUGGGCGGAAGGGGGAGGUUACGUUGGGGGGUUUGCUCGGGGAGUAUAGUGUGCUGUAGGGAAUGUGUGAGGAGUGUAGAUGAUACCAACUCGAAGAGAAUCGCUUUAGAUAGAUUUUAUUUCGGAGUCGACUUCUUAUCUUCACUGCGGCUGGCUUCAUAUCUCUCUGCCAUGCACGCCUAACGCUGCCAGAUAGAAGGACUUCCAACUUUCUCCAGCCAAGAUCACACGACGGAGGAAAGUCUUCCAAAUUUGGGGUGCCAGGUAUAUUUACCCAUAUAAUACGUAUUCAAGCGUUUAAUUCAUAGUCCAACUUUUUCGAGCAAG